GCGCCAAACAAACGUUUUUCGCGCCUUUUUCUUUCAUUCUGUGUGUGCAGCUGAACUCUGCUGAACUGGGGUUAAACCUCUUUGCAAUUUAUUAACGGUUUCGUUUCUUAUUUUCUGCAUUUUUACUUAACCUUCUACGUUAAGCUUUUAUCAAAUAUUGUCACAAACCAAAAUGUUCGAGGCCAGACUAGUGAAAAGCUCCGUAUUCAAGAAAGUCUUGGACGCCAUCAAAGACCUUCUCACCGAUGGGUCGUUCGACUGCUCGGAAUCGGGUAUCCAGCUCCAGGCCAUGGAUAACUCUCACGUUUCCUUGGUCUCAUUAAAUCUGAAAUCCGAUGGAUUCGAUAAAUUCCGUUGUGACAGGAAUUUAACCAUGGGCAUGAAUAUGCAGAGUCUUGGCAAAGUCUUCAGAUGUUGCGGACCAGAUGACACAGUGACCAUCAAAGCUCAAGACGAUGCUGACACAGUAACAUUCAUGUUCGAAUCAGAAAAAAAAGACAAAACAUCCGACUAUGAAAUGAAACUGAUGAACUUGGACCAGGAACACUUGGGAAUCCCUGAAACUGAAUUUUCUUGCAUCAUCAAAAUGCCUUCGGCUGAAUUCGCUCGCAUUAUCAGAGAUCUGUCCCAGUUUGGUGAGUCUAUUGUCAUUUCUUGCACCAAAGAGGGAGUCAAGUUCUCUACUCAAGGUGACAUUGGUACUGGAAAUGUUAAAAUUGCACAGACAAAUAAUUUUGAUAAAGAGGAGGAGUCUGUUAUUAUUGACCUGCAGGAACCAGUCACUUUAACAUUUGCUUGCCGAUAUUUGAACUCUUUUACAAAAGCGACUCCUCUGAGUGAACAGGUUUCCUUAUCAAUGUGUGAAAAUGUACCACUUGUUGUGGAGUAUCAGAUACCAGAACUGGGUUAUUUGCGUUACUAUUUAGCCCCAAAGAUUGAAGAGGAUGAGAACUAAGUUAUUAUGGCAAUGCUGUUAAACUUUACAGAAUAUUUUAGAUUUUAAGUUUGCACCAGUCUUUUAAGUUAUACACAAUAAGGAAUUUGUUUUUAAUACUAUUAUAAAGUAUUUUUUUAUGUAA